ACUCCUCACUGUAAUAAAAUCACUACACAUAAGAGAGAGAAGGGCGAAGGCAAGCAACAAUGUCCGGAAUUGCCAUGGGGUUUUUCAAGAAUUCUAGGGUUUUGUUGGCCGCAGCAAGAUCCUCCUCCUCUCCCGCCGCCGCCACUAAAAAGACACCAGCACCGCCGCGCACCGCCGCUAAAGGCCCUCCCCGAUCCGGCGGUAUUACCAAACCCGUUCCUGUCUCCCCUGCCCUCCGCAAGUUCCUCGGCGUUCCCGAGGCUUCUCGCGCGGAGGCUGUCAAGAAGAUCUGGGAGCACAUCAAACUCAACAACCUCCAGAACCCCACAAAUAAGCGGGAGAUCCUCUGUGAUGAGAAGCUGAAGUCCGUGUUUGAGGGAAAGGACAAAGUUGGGUUCUUAGAGAUUGGGAAGUUGCUGUCCCACCACUUUAUCAAGACUGUCUGACUGCUCAUUGAUAGAUCAGCUUUGAUUGUUUAGCUCUGGAUUGGUGCUCUAACCCUCCUGUAUUCAGCAAGCCCGUGUGACACUUGUCUUCGAUCGUUUUGGAUGUUGUGCUCAGUUUAUUUUCCUUUUGAGACUAAACUCUCUAGGUUGGGUUUGCAAAAGUUUAGUCAGACAUCUUGUAAAAAGUAGUUAAGGAAAGAAUACUCUUUCUUGUGGUUUUCUGAUCAGUCUUACCAUCGCUUAUCAGCUAUGGUGAAAACUACAUACUUAAAUGUCUAGCUUUCUUCCUCAAGAACAAUGAAUGUUUGUGAACCCAGGGACCACAUGAGAUGGAUUUAUGCUGGAUCAUGUGCAAAUAGAUGCCACAAUUCUCUCCUUCACCACAUUCAUUCAACUUUGGUUUGCUGUAAGUUGCCUGCAAUGUAUGUCAAAAUGCUUUAUGUGGUUUUCCUUUUUUC